AUGAGAGAAAAAAAUUUAAAUUACAGAAGUGAGUCCAUAUUCUCAACUAAUAGAAAUCUGUUUGAAAUGCUUGAAACAAUAGAUGAUGAAAAGGAAGCUAAAAGAAGUGCGCAUUUUUUUAACAAUAAUAAAAAUAUCUUAUUAAGUUUAUUUAAAAAUACAAAUUAUAAUAAUAAUGUGAACAAUAUUUUAUUAGAAAAAAAAAAAAAGAAUCAUGUUAUUAAUUCGAAGGAUAAUGAAAAUAAAAAUAAAGAAAUGGAAAUAGAAAACUACAAAAAUGAACUUCCUUUAAAAAAUAACACGAAUUAUGAAAAAAAAAAAUGGAUGAAAAAUUUUUGUUGGUUUUGCUCUUUACAUUUGUUAGAUGAAAUUUUAGAAAAGGAAAUUUAUAAAGAAAAGAUUCAUGAAGAUGUAUAUGAAUUAAUUUAUGAUGAAGAUACAUAUUUUGACACUAGUUCCAUGAUGAGUAUUCCUUAUGAAUUUGCAAGAUUUAUGCUAUCUCAGAUGGAUGAUAACGUUUUUCAUAAAAUAAAAAUAAAUAAUUUAAUCAAAGAAGAGAAAAAUUUAAUCAAAAAAAUAUGUAAAAAUUGUACUUAUAACAAAAAAUAUAAUAAAAUGAGUGAUGUUUCAAGCUCGAAUCAUUCCUGUAGUAGUAUAAGUGUAAAAAGUGAUAAUAGCUUAAAUAUAAAUAAAAAAAAAGAGAGAUUUAAUAAUUUAGAUAAUUUUAAAUAUUUAAAUAUUCAUGAAAAAUUAAAUGAUAUUAAUGGUAUGUAUAGUAAUGAUAAUAAAAAUAAUACAAAUAAAGAAAAAAAAUUUUAUGAUAGUAAUAAUAUUGGAAAUAAUAGUAGCAGUGAUUUAUUUUAUAAUAAAGUACAAUCAAAUUAUUAUAUUAGUAAUAGCAAUAUUUUUUUUGAAAAUUUUUAUUUAGAAAAAAAAAAAAAGUUGGAAUAUGCAAAAACUAAUAAAGAAGAUGUUAUAAAAAGUGAAGAUCAUAAUAAUAAUUUAAUAAAUAAUGAUCAUAAUAAUAAUAGCAGUAAUUACUAUAGAUCUAAAAUAUUAAGUGAGCCAAUUUUAAUUUCUCAUAAUUUGAUUAGAAAGAAAAAAGAAAAUGUUAAAAUGAAGAAUAAAAAAAAAAACAGUUGCUAUGAAGAAUUACAUAGGUGUGAUAAUAUACCUUUUGAUGAAAAAAAUAAAAAAGAAAAAAAUUUCAUCCUAAAUAAAAGUAAUAUAUUUGAGGAUUUAGUUCAUAAUCAAUUUUUAAAAAGGAGUAAUUCAUUUCAUAUAAGUGUAAGAGAAAAAAAUAAGUUUAUGAAUAAAAUAAAAGACACUGAUUGUUAUGGAGAAAAAAUUAGAUUUAAUAAAUGUGAUGAAAAAGAAGAAUUAAACGAUUUACAUAAAUUAAAAUAUAUGCCAAAUAGCGAAUCAUGCUGUGAAAAUUUAAAUAGGGACAAUAUGAACUCUGAAAUUAAGGAUGACUUAAAUAAUUAUAAUGAAAGAGUGUAUAAUAAGUAUAAGAACAAUUUAAAUUAUAUAAAAAGAUUUUACUAUAUAGAUGAAACAAAAAAAAAGCCAUUUCCAUUAUGCCUAUAUAAUAAUAUAAGAUGCUAUAGUUAUGUAAAACAGUGUGUUCGAUGCUGCUGUUUUUUUAAUUCUGAGUGCUGCCAUUGUAUUGAAUGCAAGAAAAAAUAUCAUAUGAAAUUAAAGAAUCCUCAUUAUUUUAUUUUUCAACAUGGCUUAACUGCAAGUGUUAAUGAUUUUCAAAAUAUUGUGAAUCCGUUAUUAAAAAAAUAUCCUCAUUUAUUUAUAUAUAUAACUUAUAGUAACCAGAGUCAUACUUUUGAAGGUGUUGAUGUUGGAACUGAAAGAAUAUGUACCGAAUUAAUUUGUCUAUUUAAAAUAAUAAAUGAUAAAAUAAACAUUUCUAUGAUUGGUCACUCCUUAGGUGGUAUAUUAAAUAGAUCCGUUUUAAUAAACCUAUAUAAAAAAAAAGUGUUUAAGAAUAAAAAAUUAAUUAAUUUUAUAACAUUCGCUUGUCCUCAUAUAGGUGUACAUGAAAAUUUGGCAGUUAUGAAAAUCUUAUCAACAUACUUAGGUGCUCAUACUAUUGACGAUUUAAAUAAUAAAACUACUCUUUUAUUAAGAAUAGCCAAUGUUAAAAGUAUAAAUGUUUUAAAAAAAUUUGAAAAUAUUAUUUUUUAUGGGAAUACACAAUCCGAUUGGUUAGUUGGUAUUAGAACAUCUUUGAUUUUACCAUAUACUUUAUUUAAUGAGGAACUUAUUUUAUUUAUUAUAGAGCAAGCCAAAAAUGUACCAGAAAUACCAAUCAAUAUUUUUUCAGUUGUUCAUUUAUAUAUGAGGAAAAAAAAAUUACUUUUUUUUUAUUUUUAUCAAGAUUUGAAAAAUCCAAAUUACCUAUUAAAUAAAAGAAAAGAACAAAGUAAAUUUUUAGAUCAAAUGUUACAAACAAUUAUUUCCUCUAGUAAAUUAUUAUCAUAUUCACAAAAAAAAAAAUUCAAUAUUUUUAUGAAUUAUUAUAGUAACUCAGAAAAAAAAAAAGUAGAAGAAAAAAAAAAUAUGAAUGGUACAGAAAAUAAUGGUAUAUCCACUGAAAAAAAUAUGUACAGUAAAUGUGAUAAUGACGGAUUAUCUGAUGAGAAGAAUUGUAAAAGUAUUAUUAUAAAUGAGAAUGAAAAUAAAUUCGAAUCGGAUAAUUACUUUAAACGUAAUUUAUUAAGUAAAAGUGAAAAAAAAGUUUUGUCAGAUAGCGCGAGCACUCAAAUUACUCCUUUUUAUCUUAAAACAAAUUCUAGAAUAAAACAAGUUAAUAAUUCACUUCGUAGAAAUAGUUUUAGCGCAUUUAAUAUUGUUUCUUCAUUUGAUAAAGAUGGAGAGAAUGAGAAAAAUUAUAAAAAAUUGGAAGUUUUUAAAUCACAUACUUACGAAGAAAUAUUUUUGAAAAAAAAACAAGAAAAAAUUCAUUCAAAUGUUAAUGAAACAAAUAUGAAUAAAAAAUACAUUGAUCAAUUAAACAAAAAAAUAUAUUUCAAAAAGUACCUUAAUAUACCAGAAAAUAAUAAAUCUUCAAACUUCUCAAACACUACCAAAAAUUUUGAAUUAAUUAAGAAUGGUAAAGUUCAAAAUUUACAUGAGAAUUCAUUUAUGAAAGAGGAAAGCAUAAAAGUUAAAAAUGAAAAUAAAGAUUAUGAUUUCAACAAUGAUACUAUUAAUUAUGAUACUUCUAAUAAUGUCAUCAAUGAUAAUGAUACUAUCAAUGAUGAUAACAUUAACAUUUAUAAUAAUAAAGAUAAUAACAUAAGUAAUAAUAAUUACAAUAUUAAUAAUGGUACAAAUAAGAGUGCUAAUAUUAAUAAUAGUAAUUAUAAUAAUAAGAAUAACAAUAUAAAUAAUGAUCAUGUGAAUAACAAUAGUAACAAUAAUCAUAGCAGUGAUAAUGGUAUGAAAAAAAAAUUUGGAGAUUAUAAAUAUUUUGAAAAGUUGUUUUUUGAAUGCUUAAAAACAAAGAUAAUAAACGAAAUAAAAACUCUAGACAAUAACUUAAAAAAAAAAAAAAAAAAAAAGAUCGAAAAUAAUAAAUUAUUUUCUUUACAGAACACUAUUAAAAUAAUAAAAAAUUAUAGUUUUUUAUAUCCAUCUAAGAAUAAUUUGAAAAAUACGAAAGAUUUUAAUGAUAAAAAGUAUGAAGAAGAAUCCAAAUUUUUAGAUGAUAAAUUGACAUUUAAUGAUUCUAAUAAAAAAGAAAAGAGGAUGGAUAAAUAUUCUAACGAGCAAGAUGAAAGUGAACAUGAUUUAAUUCAUUUAUGUGAUGAUAAUAAUGAUGAAUAUAAUUACAUAAAUGAAUUCUUUUAUUCUUCAGAUGAAAUGUAUGAAAAUGAAUUAAAGAACUCUUCAAAUAAAAAUAUAUUAGUAAAUAAAAUGAAAAAUAGUAUAGAAAAUAUAAAGUGUGUAGAAUGUAAAAAAGACAUGACAAUUAAUACUAUUACAAAAAAAAAAUUAAAAAGAAGCAAUUUGCUGAAGGGAAUUACAAAAAGUGAUAAAAAAAAAUAUAAACAAAUAUUAUUUCAUAUUUACACAAUUUCAAAUGAUCAAUUAAUUGAAAAAUUUUUUAAAAAUCCCGAGUUUUUGUAUUAUGAAGUUUUGUUUAAUUGUUUAAAUCAACUACCUAUUCAGAGAUAUUCUAUUUCUAUACCUAUUUAUUCAAAUGCUCACGUACAAAUAAUUGCACAUCCUCGAAUAUGCUCAGAAGAAGCAGCUAUUGUAAAACAUUUCAUUGAACAUUUAAUUCUUUAA